CUGCUUAGAAAUUCAUCCGGUAGGCUGUCAAAAACGAAUUUGACACCGUGUGCUGUCAAAGCGUCCGUAUUUCUCUCCUUUCUUUUUGAUUGUUCCUUCCACAUUGAACGAUCAGCCGCGUGUUGAAUUCCAAUAAAAAAAGAUGGCACUUCGACCAGCGUAUAAGCCUAAGAUCGUGAAAAAGCGAACGAAGAAGUUCAUUCGUCACCAGUCUGAUCGUUAUGACAAACUUGCUCCAAACUGGCGCAAACCGAAAGGUAUUGACAACCGAGUGCGCCGUCGCUUCAAGGGUCAGUAUCUGAUGCCGAACAUCGGUUACGGAUCGAACAAACGCACUCGUCAUAUGCUGCCGAAUGGAUUCAAGAAAUUUCUGGUCCACAACGUUCGCGAGCUGGAAGUGCUGCUGAUGCAGAACCGCGUUUACAGUGCCGAGAUUGCCCACGGUGUGUCGUCCAAGAAGCGUAAAUUGAUUGUUGAGCGCGCGAAACAGCUGGCCAUUGCCGUUACGAACCCGAACGGCAGACUGCGUGCACAGGAGAUCGAGUAAGCUUAUUUGGGAAUGUAAGGGAUAAGACAUACGCCAGGGAUUGUAUGAGAACAUCUUCAAAUAAAAUCAUUAAGUUCUAA